AUGUUCUCACAGACACUCAUUGUUCUGGACCUGGCCUGGCAGUUCGAUGGCACAUUUUCCACUGACCAGGCUUUUGUGACUUUGGCGACCAACGACAGCUAUGCCCGGGGAGCUAUGGUAUUGGGCAAGUCCCUGCGGAACCACAAGACUGCGAAGAAGCUGGUAAUCCUGAUUGGGCCACAGGUGUCAGCGCCGUGCAAGAGGGUGCUGCAGAGGAUCUUUGACGAGGUCCGUGUGGUGGACGUGUUGGACAGCGGGGACACGGCACAUCUGUCCAUGAUGAAGAGACCGGACCUGGGGGUCACUUUCACCAAGCUCCACUGCUGGACGCUCACUCACUUCUCCAAAUGUGUCUUUAUGGAUGCAGACACUCUGGUGCUCUCCAACAUCGAUGAGCUGUUUGACAGACAGGAGUUGUCUGCGGCCCCUGACCCCGGCUGGCCCGACUGCUUUAACUCUGGAGUCUUUGUGUUUUGUCCUUCAAUGGAGACAUAUGGCAAACUGCUGCAGUACAGUACGGAACACGGCAGCUUUGACGGAGGCGACCAGGGAAUCUUAAACGGUUACUUUGGCGACUGGGCCACAGCUGACAUCUCCAAACACCUUCCCUUCAUCUACAACCUCAGUAGCAUCGCCAUCUACACAUACCUCCCAGCAUUUAAACAAUAUGGUGGCAAUGCUAAGGUGGUUCACUUCCUUGGGCAGACAAAGCCAUGGAGCUACACGUUUGACCCCAAAGCAAAGCGCAUCUCUGGCAGUCCGCAGGAGGCGACCUCACACCCCAGCUUCCUCAUGGACUGGUGGAUGUUGUAUUCCAGUGCAGUGGUGCCGCUGCUGUACGAGCAGUAUGGAGACCAGCCUUUCCACUCAGGUUGCGUGGAGGGGGAGAGCCCAUCACAAGCACAGUCCCAGUCCCCUCAGCCCCUCAUGUCCUCAGAGGAGCGGAAGGAGAGGUGGGAGCAGGGCCAGGCCGACUACCUGGGAAUGGACUCCUUUGACAAUAUCCAGGCGAAGCUCGAUAGUUUCCUCAAAUGA